AUGAAUUUUGACCAGAAGGCUGUCAAGUUUUUGGCAAAUUUUUAUAUGAAUGGAGGCCAACACUGGACCCAUGGUGGUAUACAGACAAGGCAGCCAGCACCUCCCAGCAGCCGGAGGAAGUUGUCUCGGAACCAUCCAGUCCUACCCAUGCACCCCCAAUCUAUAGAAAGGUGGGAAUCUAUGAAGCAUUCAUCAUCCCAGGAGCUUCAAAAACUCCCUUUGGGGGGAACCAACCUGAUACAGGAACCACAACUUCGGAUCAGGAAUAUAAAGGAAUUCAGUAAGUGCAGAGCCAUGUAGAAUGGCAGCUUAGAAAGACGACCGCCAAUCCUGAUAGACAUGGAUACUCCAGGGCCGACCCAGUACUCUGCACCUGAUGUGAGCAUCCGGGAGUCUUCACCACAUCCCCACUACAGCAUUAGCUGCAAGGCACCCACUCGGGAUGGUGGUGGACGCAGGGCAUGGCAAACCACCUGGUUCCAGAGUGAAAGCCCUUUCACGCAGAAGGCUGACUUCCUCAGUGAGAAGAAGUGGCCAUCCCCGUUCCACUACACACAGCCCUGCAGUCUGGGGCCCCAGCAGCCAAGCCGGCCGAGCUUUCCCGCCUUCACCUUCGGCCACAGGAGGCUGGUUAACAAGGCCAAGGAAACAAGGCCCAGCCCGAACACCUACAAUGUUAUCCCAGGCUUUCAGCUCAAGGGCCCUCGCUCUCCUGCCUUCUCCAUGAGCCGGGCCCAGGCUCUCAACAGUUGGGUCAGUCCUGCUCAUACCCCAGGACCAGCUGCUUACUAUGUUGAAGAUUCCUACAACUCCCGAUUCCCAUCAACGCCUGGAGUCCUCAUCCAGGGUGAGCGCAGGCCUAAGCGGCAUGAGACCGGGCCCUUCUGCACCCUCUAG